AUGGCCCAGCACAUUUCCAAUCUCCAACAACAGAACCCAAAUGCCGACUUCAAAGCCAGCGAGCAGUGGUGGACCCCAAGCGUCGACCUCGGCGCCGAUCUCCAAGAAACUCUGGGUCCAGCUGUCAACAAUCAAUUAAAAGCUUGCAUCACAAAGGCGUUCGAGCGCAAGUGUUCACGGGAGGCUAUGACCGAGGCACGAAACGAGCAGCUGUGGGCGCAGGUGCAUCAGACCGCAGCACUAUUGGUUACAGACUACUCGAAACUUACGGAUCUUUUGGAUCUGCAGUCACGGAUCCUCAGUGUUAAACCUUACCUGGCCCUCUAG